UUGAAAUGGCGGCAAAUAAAGCUCAAAUUCAGAAGAGAUUAAAGUUGACGCUGGGCAUAAAUGUGGACGCAGUGAAGCAAGGUAUGGGCACAUCAAACGAUGGCAAUACGGCAAGAAGGUUUUUCGAAAAUCCAGCCAAAACUGCAGACGUAAUUGGUAUAAAAGAAGAAUUAAUACAUAGAUUUAAAAUUAUUUUGGCAACAAUAAAUUGUAAUGCAGCGAUAGACACUAACAAAUUUCAUAUAUAUUGCAUGGAUACUGCCAAGUUGUUUGUUGAUCUCUAUGACUGGUACUACAUGCCUGUAACUGUGCAUAAGAUUCUGGUGCAUGGUAGCAAAAUUAUAGCAGAAACUAUUCUGCCAAUAGGUAUGCUAUCCGAGGAAGCUCAGGAAGCGAGGAAUAAAGACUAUAGAGCCUAUAGAUUACACCAUUCGCGAAGAAUUGGACGUGUAGCCACUAAUGAAGAUGUAAUGCAUAAUCUUUUAUUGUCUUCAGACUCAUUCAUAAAUAGAUUUCGCUCAAAGCUGAAAAUCAAAAAAUUGGAGUACGAUAAUGAUGUUAAAAAAUUAUUAAAAGACUAUGCUUAAAUUACUUAUUCAUGUUUUUUCUAUGGGAGGUGGGCGUAAAAGUGGGCGGAUCAGGUAUAUAUUUUCAGGAGCCCAUUCUACAAUUAUAAUAUUUAUUUUUUGAGAAAAUUGAGUUGAUGCAUUAAAAAUCAAGGGAGUUAUGAAACUUUUUCAAUACAAGUUGUAUGGGAAGUGGGCGUAAAAGUGGGCGGAUAUUUUUCAAAUUUCACACAAAUGAUUCUGAGUGUUUAAAAAUGCUAUGUGCCAAAAAUCAAUGCCGUAGGUCAAAAUUUAAUUUUCACUUUGUAUGGGAGGUGGGCGUAAAAGUGGGCGGAUCAUUUUGA